AGCCGUCAACAUGUAGAGCACAGAAUAACAUUUGAUGAAUCCUUUGAAAACAGAUAGGAAUGUAAUGAUGCCGGCGUAGCCAAUCAGCGAUGAUGAAUGAGAGGGUUUCGGAGGGUCCUCCCCGAGCAGUCAUUUGGGAGUGUGCACACCUAUGGCACCACUCGCCACCCGAGCCUCAUCGACCCCAUCUUAUCGAAGAGGGUCUGCUUCUACAAAAGUGGAGAUCCUCAGUUCAACGGCCUGCGCAUGGUCAUCAACAAUCGCACCUUUAAGACAUUUGACACACUUCUGGACAGUCUCUCUAAAAAGGUUCCCCUUGCGUUCGGGGUGAGGAACAUCACCACUCCCAGGGGGAUUCACGCGGUCCACACUUUGGAUGAACUGGAGGAUGGAAAAUCCUACAUCUGCUCGGACACUCGUAAAGUAAAACCCAUCGACCUGGCUGUGGCCAGGAGGAAGCUGGCGCCGUGGUACCACGCCAGGCCCGUUAGUUCCCGCCGUCGGACCGUACAGCAGGCCAGGUUUUUCCCCGGCAGGAACUUCCACAAGGAAGAGUCGAUGCUUGUGCGCACGCCAAAGACGCUGCUGGUUUUCCGCAAUGGCGACCCCACUGUAGAACACUCUGUGGUGCUUCACAAGAGGACUACAACCACCUUUGAGUCCAUCCUGGAAUAUAUUUCAGAGCUGAUGCAGUUCCAUGUGAGGAGAUUACACACAGCUGAUGGCAGACGUGUGGAUGGCCUUCCAGGCUUGAUGCUGUGUUCAGGGACAGUAGUGGCUGUCGGCAGGGAGCCAUUCAGACAUGCAAACUACAAUGAACAGAAACCACCAGCCGAAACCACGGUGCCUCCCAAACGAUUGGGUCACAGGAGACGAAAGGCUUCAAAACGUAAAAAAAAGUCUCAAUCAUACACUCCAAAGUCAAGAAAUUUCUCCUUGUCAUCGGAGAGGUACAUCGUGAACCGGAUUCACAACUCCAUCGCGGACAAUUCAUGCGACCGUCCCAGUGUCGUGUUGGAGUCAGGUCACAUACUGGAGUCUGUAGCAGAAACGCCAGACAGCUGCCUGGGCGUCGGAGCUGAAGAGCAGGACCGCCUCCUGCCCACGGAAGACGACAUUGAGAAGUCCUUUCGAGUGAACCAAGACGGUAGCAUGACGGUGGAGAUGAAGGUGCGGCUGACAAUUAAGGAAGAGGAAACCAUUCAUUGGACGACCACUCUGGCACGCUCGAGUGUAGCCAAUCAGCUUCAUGUGACCUGUUUGCCGGAGCCUGUGUCGGAGCAGGAGAUCAGCUCCCUGAAAUCAACCUCACUGGAUUUAGAGAGUCCUGCCGCCUCCAUCAACAUCAACAAGGACAAAACUCAGGAUAACAAUGACGAGGAUCCACCGUCGCUGGGCAGCGGAGUUUUCAGUGGGAGUAUCGAUGAAGAGGAUGCUAGCAAAGUACAGACCAACAUGGGGCCUCCCAGGAGCGCUCCUUCACCGGGGCACGAGCCAAUUAGAACAAAGAAAGCCUCUGCAGAGAGCAUCCAAUCAGUGACGGUGGAGGGGAUCCAGGAAGGUGUGGUUGGUUCUUACGCCUACAGAGAGCAGACGGAGAAUGGAGCCGUGACAGAGCAGUACUGCAUGGUCAAACAGACGUGCAGCAGACCAGUGCCCAAACCUACAAGACAUGGCUCUGUGGACGCCGACAACAUGGACGGCGUGAACGUAUCCCCGUUCAAAUCAGCAGGGAGGACUGAGAUCCGACGGAUUGAAUCCAGUAGAGAGAAGGUCUCUGAAACUGUCUUACACGUAUAUGAACAGGGUCAUUUCUUCGCUAACCUUUGUUCAGAGGGUGUGCCUGCAUUUGGGAUUCCUUUUGGCAGGCCGGCUACGUCGGAAACUGGACAGCUCUCCUCCGAUACUGAGUUUGAACCCCAGCCUUGGAGACCAUCGACAGCCUCCGAGUCGAUCAGGAUCUGGAGGACCGAGAGCACGUCAGAAACAUGUGAUUUGACCUCGUCUGCACUGAGGACGGCUGCAUUUCAAGCUAACGGCAAAUCCAAGCCCCAACAAAGAGAGGUCAACAAAGACAAGGGGGUACCCUCAAAACCCAAUGUGAUCAACAAACGUGUAGAAAAAGUGAAAACUAUCUCCAGUGCUGGGUUCAUGAAGAAGAGUUCUAGGAAUAAAUCAAAAUCAGCAAAAAGCAUGAUGAAGCUAAGCAAGGGACUAGCACAAAAUGGAGACAGGGGUGUUACAACAGGGAGCUCGCGACAGUCAGAUGACACGAUAAAAUGUAUUAUCAAAGACUCAAACGUGCCAUCAGCAUUGAAAGAAACCACAAGUGAGAUAGUUUCUUUUGAAGAAUGCAGCCUGAGUGUUGCUCCCAAUGAAGUAAGCCAACCACAGGGAAUACUAACACGGCAGACAUCAGAGCAGCAGGAGAAAAAGAAAGAAAAGGAGUCCUAUGAUGUCAGCGAAAGCAUGUCACUGCCUGCUUUUAACUCCUCCAGCGCUGUCACUAAUGAAUAUGUGGGAAACUGGCUGGAGAAAGCCCGUCUCAACCCCUCAGCCUACCCGAACGAGGAAAGUAGAAACAUAGAUGUACUAACUCUUGUACAAACAGAGAGCGGCAGGUGUGUGGAGUCUGACAAGAAGAAAGGUUUGAUGCUCGUGGCAGAUGAGGCAAAGUGUUUGGAGGACACAUCGGGAGUACGCCCUCUCAAAGUCGGCCCGCUGCCUCAGGAUGAGCUCGGAGCUUCUGUCAAACAAAGAAUCCGGUCCUUAGAAAACAAAUCAUCAAGUCGACCAAUGGGGAGAGCCGUGGUCAAUCAACAAGUAUUCGACAGUCGUACAACCACGACAAACACAAAGAGCGACGGCAAUUCAGCUCACACGAACACAGACACGAUUAAACCUCUCUUCUGUUCUGAGAGCUCAACAGAAAUUUCAGCAGGCAGUGAAAUGGAAAAAAAAUCAAGUCACAUGAAAAUCUUAUUUAAAAAAGAAACCUCUCUAGAUUCAUUUCCAAUGGACCUACCACCACCACCACCACCUGUUGAAAAUACAGAUAUACCAAACACAGGAUAUUCCAUGACGGAUGCAUCCUCAGUGUCAGUGAGCAGUCAAACAUCAGAUAAACAGCCAUUAACCAUCAGUACCAAAGCUGACAAGGCCGACCACACACUGGAAAUGACAACAUCAAUUCACACCGACACGUCCACGCAGAGCGCAGCGCCAUUACCAAGAACUCCAUCCAUUAAAAGGACCCCGCUGGUCAGUAAUAAAUCUCUUGACAGGAAAAUGUCUCUCAGAAAGGCUUGUCUGGAUAAAUAUACGUCAUGUAGUGAUGCCCCUUCCGAGACAAGCACAUCAUCUGCUCCCAUCAACACAGUCGGUGGCAAUGUGCUGCCAAGCGGCAUCUGUUCAACUGGGACACAACCGCCCAGUGAAAGCCGACGCGAAGAGGCACGGCAAUCAAACAGCAUCUCAGAUUUGACAAGUCGUCUGUCAUGUUGUACUUCUGCAUCUCCCCCGAGUUUAACAUCUGAAGAGAGAAUGUCAUCACACAGUAUUUCAUCAAUUGAGGCUCCAACACCAAGUGAUCUUCCACUUCAAGAGAUAAAAAACGAUGAAACCACAUGUUAUAGUCAAAAAGAAGCGUUGUCGACUAAACCCUCGGUGAAGAAUGGCAAAGUUAUGAGCAGUCCAUCUCCAGAGAGAAAAUCCCAAACCAAGAAAUUCCCUUCUGAACUUCCCCAUAACUCUCCUAAAGUAUCAUCAUUACAUAAGCACCCUGCAGGUGUUGGAUUACGAAGACAUGCAACACCAAACGUGAGCCCCUCCACUGAGAGAAAGCUUAACAGACCUACACUGCAAAAAAGACCGUCUCCAUAUUCUCAGUCUCUGGACAUUGCGUCACAACACAAGUCGAGUGGAAGGCUGCUCUCAAGAAACGUGUCCUCGGACAAUGCAUCAGAGCCAACACAUAAGACACAAAGCAAAACGCCAUCCCAACGGAGGCGUCACCAAACACCUCAGUCCAUAAACUCAACAGAUAAACUGGAAAAAACACCUGCUGGUAACCCUCUCAUGCCACUGGAUGCUGAGCAGAGUGAUGACAGCAGGAUGACGGAUGACCUCGAGAAAUCCAGAACACAAAGAACCCCACAGCCAUUACACAUCGCAAAUCGGCCCAAAAUGAAAGCAGUGCUUGAGAAGAUUUGCUACUCAAUAAAAUCAAUUCGACAAAUCACACAAAACAAACGUCUGGAAAGGUCCAACAGCCUGCCGGACUUCUCCUCUCAUGUGACCUCAACGUUUGGCUCCUCAUCUAAAGCUCUCCUCGCUUUCUUGUCCGUCAUGACCCUAAAAGAAGGCCUGGCCGACGUAAAUAUGAAUGAGCUGAAUGCAGACGGUGUUAGCUGUGUCGAAGCUUUGAAAAUGAUCGAUUCUCUCAGAAGAAUCGCCAGUAUUGAGGAUUCCCACCAGUUAAAAGCUAGUUUGUCCAAUUUACAGCAGUCAGCUUCAAAACAGCUGCUGCAAAGUUGGAAGGGCUUUCAGAAUCUCGGCGACCAACCCAAGAGUCGUAGCUCAACAUCAAAUAAUUCAGAGCAAGAAGUCGCGACCGAGGCCGGCCCUGAAAAAGACCGUGGCAUCGACGAAAAUGUCAUUGAUGAGAUUGUGGAUAAUCUUGACAUACCCGAGAGGCUCAAGGAGGCGUUGACCUCUUUUUCAAAAGACAAAAGUAACAGAGACGGCUUGGAACCAAAAGAUAACAGUAACGCCAAGGGAUCACCUUUCUCCACAGAAGAUGCUGUUAAUGUCAGGGAUGUUUCUCAAGAGGAGAACGAUAAAGAAUUCACAGAUAUUAAGCAGCCAAAACAAUCCAGCACGGGUCGUAUAACUAAAGACACUGAAGACGAGGACUGCCUGUAUGAGCCGAUUGGUGGGUACCAACGUCCACCAGCUGAAACUUCUGAUAAACAGACACCUGAAGAACCAGAGCUUUACAGUACAGGGUUCUUUGCAAAAGAUAACAGAGAUAAAUCCAACCCUGAAAGGACUAAAAGAAAUAGAUCAGUCAGGAGUAAGAAAAGUCUUGAACAAGACAGUGGUUCCUCUGAGGUAGAGGAGCAAGACAUGGAAGGUCAUCAGCUGCAGAUAGACAGCGAGGAGAGCGUCUCUGACAAUGAGCUUACCCGGGAUGUAGAGUCAGUUUCAGACGAGAGAGGGCAGCACACGUCAAGUGCCACAAAAGAUUUAGAGCAGGAGGUGCUUUGUAAGCUAAGUGCAUCGAGCUCAGAAGCAGGUGAGCAACAUGGUUCAGAAGAGGAGCCAGAAGGUGAAUGUGAGGAGGUACAACAGGAGAGCAGAGGAGGUGGACGCCCGCCCAACAAUGACAGUCACUCUGAGGAGAAAGAGGACGAGCAACCGAAAUCAAAUUACUACUCAGAAGUGAAUGGAAGAGGGAAGGAAAGCAUAUUACGCCAAGAUAGUCACAGGAAGUCUUCGUCAGAGGAAGAGCAACCAGAGGUUGAAUGUCAAGCGGCCUGUAUGGGGUCCAACGUGAGUGUUGACGGAAGCACAUGUGACUCAGAUGUUGAUGAUCCAUCUUCAGAGGAAGAGCAAGAGGUGGAGUGUAAGACACUAAAGGUUAUUAUUGAGGAAAAUGUGUCCGACAAUGAGAAAGAGGAGGAAGAACACCGUCAUAAUCUUCCGGAUCCCGGAAAAGAAACAAGAAAAUAUAGAGGAUUAAAGACUUUGAUAGAAGAGGAGGUCAGCUCAGAGGAAAAGGUCCAUCGUGCUGAUGAAACAUACACUUGUGAUACUUUAGGAGGGGAUCCAAGCCAUUUCAGAGAAAACCAGUCUUCAUAUACCAAAAAAGACGAAAGCAGUUUGACUUAUGGAUUUAAUGCAGAUGACAACAGUGGGAAUGACCACAGCAGCUGUGAGGAACACGCAGAGAUGGAGCAACCAACCGUUACAGACAAACCAAUCAACAACUCAAGCUCCGACGACAAAGAGUCCAGUUCAGAGGAAGAACAUGCCGACAUGGACACGUAUACAGAAGAGAGCUGCACAGAAUAUCAAGAAGCUCCUGCACAGUCUCAAGAUACCAAAUGUGAAAAGGUUGUAGAAAAGCUCAAGCAUCAAACUGGGAAGAUAAUAUCCCAAACCAUCGCAGAGAGAGUGAUUCUUCUGGAAAAACAAGUUGCCGACGCCCAGAAGACAACAGAGGGUUCAGCGAUCAGACGUUUCUCACAAAGAGAUGCGCCGCGUGAGCCGGACGCGGAGGACUCGCCCUCCGAAUCGCCCACAUCUCAGUCGGCUCCCGCCACCCGAUCAGCUCCUCAGUCGUCGUUAUCGUUCAGCUACGACUCCAGUGGUGUUAUAACAUCGGAGCCUGAAGGCAACACGGUCAGAUUCAUUCGGGACAUGUUCCUGGCAAAGAGUGCCACAGAUACCCAGCCCAGAUGUUUCCCAAGCUCGAACACAUUCGAUACCAGAACAGAGACCUCCGCCAGUGGCGGGUACCAGUCUCAGACUUCCAGUGAGCUGUCUAGCAGCGAAGACGAUUCAGCGCGGAAAUCCAUCACCAAAGGCUUCGUGAGAAGAACGAUUGAAAGUCUUUACGGCAGGAAAGAUGCGAAACCUGACGAGGAAGCCAGUGAAAGGCCGCCAUCGGCGCCAAAACAGAAAAAGAAAGAACAUUCAAGCAUUCUCUUUCCCUUCCAAACGUCCCGGUCCAAAGCGAUGUCCGAGUUGUCUUACUUCAAUUCCACUAACGCCGCGGACAACCCGAGCGAAGCGACACGCUGCGUCGCUUUUAAUGCACGAGUCGGGCCCGAAGACAGAGUCUCUCUUGAUCAUGAAAAACGGUUCCUUAGAGAAAACGACGUGAUCAGAAAGUCAGCGUCAGACCCGGUGGGAAUAAACAAAACCUCCACAAACGUUCGAGGCGAGGCAACGUGCGAGGGCACAGAGGAGAGCUCCCCGUAUUCCCUUCUCAGCUCCAAGUCUGAACAGGAAGACAAGAUGUCGUUACUUUCCAGGAAGUGCACCUACUUUUCUUUGCCCCAUAUGAGCGACUCGGAUUCACAUCAGGAUGACCUGAACACAGUUGGCAAGAGCAGCGCCGGUGGGGACGGCCCCGCGGACACCAGGUCGCGGGACGAGAGGAACGACUCGCAGCCCGGUGUUGGCGUCACAGAGUUCAAGAUGAAGGCUAACAAGGUGCACCCGCUGAUGGAGCCUCCACCCGAUGGCGAGGUCGUGGUGGUGCAGCCGGAGAAAGGUCAAGGCGUUAUGAGCAGAAGGAUUCAGGAGCCCGACAUGUUGGACGUGCUUUACAAUUUUUGUGGUCAGAAUUGUCCCAUCCUAUAAGGACAUUUUAGCUUUUUAAACACAACUAAGGACUUUUGUUUUUGUCUCAAUAAGUGAACACAGUUCGAGCAUAAUGUAUUGUUUUGGUGCCUACAUUUGAAUGUUGCCAUAGACAUGGCAGAACACACAAACGCACGUCAACUCAUUUGAGCCGACCGUCGAAUGCGUUACAAGCCAACGGGUUGACCUUUAUUCAACCUUCAGAUUUCACGCCGUGUGAUAAGAGCUCGUCGGUUUAUUGGUUAAAGUAGUGAAUGUGUCUUCGUGACAUCUCGAACGUGCAAGUAUGCCACGCACACGCCAGUGCAGCUCUCCUCUUCUUUUAGGACGCCUGUCAACAGAUCAAGUACCCGCAGCAUUACUGUAAUCUGGUUUUAAAACUCUUAAAACAGAUCAAGUCCCUGCAGAUGUCCGGCAACAAGGCCAAUCGGCACUGCAGCGAGUGAACAGUGCCGGUUUGUGGUCAGGGAUAAAGUUCAGGUCAAAAUCAUAAGAAAAAAAAAUGAAACUGUUGAGGGCAAAUUGUAGAAAUUGACAGUAAAUACUAGGAAAAAAAAUGUAUCUUGGUUGUAAAGUCUAAAUAUAAUGUUAUUGACUUUCACUAAGCAGCCAUAGCUUUAUAUGAAUCUACAAUAAUCUGACCUUUAUAAUUAUACAAUAGAUGGUUUUAUGUUUUCAAUGUGGCAGCUGUGACAUCUCUUUAAAUUUAUAAAUAUAUUGAAUGCAUAAUACUGAAUAAAAGUGUGUAUACAAACA